AUGGCUCAGCUUCUCUCCCGACUCUCCAACCUCUCUCACCGGAACCAUUCGCUCAUUCGUCUGUUUUCAUCGUCACGCACCACCAACCCGUAUUUGUUACUUGCAUGGAAUGCGGAAGUCACGGCAAGCGGUGAAUACAUUGGAGACGUUCUCUUGUUCGACGCCGCUAAGGAAGAUAUGCUCACCGUAAAGGGGAAAACAGUACCCCAAGAGCUCCUUGAUGGGUAUGGAUUCGGAGCUUCUCAUGGAUGGGUAUUUUACUGUGACCACCAUGAUCGUUCUGUAUGUAUCAGCGAAAUUUUCAACCCCUUGGCUUCUAAAUCAGACCCGAAAAUGGUUCCUAUGCCUCCCCUUACUGCUCUUAAGACUUGCCAAAACCAAGUCUUUUGGAAUGUGGCAAUGUCUUCUUCUCCUCCUCCUGAUGAUCAAGAAGAUCAACGUUGGGUUGUUGCCAUCAAGUUCUUGGGUAGACAGCUUAGUCUAUGCAGUCCCCGUCGUGACCUUCGGUGGACUAAUAUCUUAACCCCUUUGGACUUCACGGAAAACUCAACCCUGAUGUAUUCUAAGAGAGACCAAAGGUUCUACUUGCCUGCUCCUGGAGGCCACCACUUGUUCUCCUAUGAUCUCAACUUUAAAAAAGACAUGGCUCCUAACUUCCAUAAUUUGCAGUUUCGCGACCUUCCGGAGUUGCCUCAAUCCGAGUGGGAACUGUUGAAUUUGUGUUGUAGGACGGAAUAUCUUGUGGAGUCGGUCUCCACUGGUGAACAUUUUCUCGUCAAAUGGUACGGCCAGAGCUAUACUAACGGCAGGCUGGGCUACAGAACGAAGCGGUUCAUGGUAUUUAGAGAGGUGGAGACGACACAAGGAAGAUACAUGUGUUACACAGAGGACAUUGGAGAUAUUUGCAUCUUCCUUUCAAAGAGCGAGACUUUCUGCGUCGAGGCCAGCUCUUGCCCCGGUCUCCAGCCUAACUCCAUCUAUUAUACAGGUAAGGAUUUUGGUAUUUACGAUCUUACCACCGGAACCUCCCGUUCUUUUCGACCUUUCCCGAGUGCACCAGCCAGUCUCGCGACCCUUUUCUGGCUUCCCCCAUUUUCUAUCUAG